AUGGCAGAAAAUAUCGAAGACAACAAGAGUGUGAGCCAGGAUCCCUCGUCGUUGUACGAGGACGCUUCGGCUCUUUUGAUGCUCUCCAGAGGACAGGAGGAACGGCGGGGUAGUAAGGCCAGAUCCGAGGACGAAGCAGAAAAUCGGAGGGAAAUGGCAUCUCGGCCCGAAUCGCAGCAUAACAGCUCAGAACCGCGCUCGCCUCUCACGUACCACCGUAGGGGCUCGCAAAUAGUCUCGCCGGACGAGAAGCGAGACCUGUCGUCCAGCCCAACACCAUCGCUAGGCAGUUCCAGCAAAGGAAGGGUGGCGGCAGCUGCUUUAGCAGCUGCUGCUACGGUCCCACUCCCACUCAAAAAACAAGACCAGGAACACCAAGAAACUAAAAAUCGCCCAGCAGAGACUUCUUCUAUAAAGCCUAACGGCACGCAUGACUGGCCGGUUCCUGCAACGUAUGUUGUUGAUCCGGACGCUGGAGUGAUCACAUGUAUAUGCGGUUUCGACGACGACGAUGGAUUUACGAUCCAGUGCGAUCAUUGCAACAGGUGGCAGCAUGCGGUGUGCUACGGAAUUCGAGAUAUUGAAACAGCCCCGGAUGACCACUUGUGUUGCGCUUGCCACCCACGAAAAGUCGACGCCAAGAGAGCGAAGCGCAAGCAACAGGAAAGGCUGGCCCCAAAGAACAAUAAACGCAGACGAAAGAGCUUUCAGGACGAAGACCAAAACGGCAAAUCUGUGCGCUCCAGUUCUGUCGCUGACUCGGGCAACACUUCUGCGAACGGCGCCGGAAGCGGCGAGUCUUCGCUUGUUCCUGAGCCAAAGGCUAUUGAGAAGCUGUUGACCGCUGCCGAACACUAUUCGGUGGUUUACGCACCUCUGUCCUCCAACGAUUUCAAGGACCAAUACGUCAAGAAGUUUUUGGACACGCACAGUGAUGACGAUUGGGUUUUACCUUACAACCAGGCCACAUUCAAAGCUGUGCCUCUGGAAGUGAGGUCUUACGAAGAUAACGCACGUUCAUUUUCGGGUCUACCGAAACUGGGAUUGUUCAUUACUCAAGAAUGUCCUUCCGGCACCUUCCUGGAAGAAGUACUGGGAGAGGUCGAUUUCAGCAAACAAUAUUACAGAGAUCCCAGAAAUAACUAUCGAGUUUACGGAACAACUAAACCUAGGGUUUUUAUGCAUCCCAACUGGCCUGUUUGCAUCGAUACUAGACUAUGUGGUAAUCUCACCAGAUUUUUGAGAAGGAGCUGUCAGCCGAAUGUUGAGCUGGUAUCUAUUCGGAUGAAAAGUGAUAAGCCAGAUGUCAGGUUUGUACUCCGGGCUUUGAGAGACCUCGAAGAUGGAGAAGAAUUGCAUAUAGGGUGGCAGUGGGAUCUGCGACACCCCAUAUGGCAUCUCAUAAGGAAUAAAAACAAAACUGUUGAUUCGCUGGACGAGCAGAACAAAUUUACAUUAGUGCAUUCCAUCGACACGAUUUUGGGGACUACCGACUGUGCUUGUGGUAAAAACAACAGGGACUGUUAUCUGCUGAAAGUGAAGAAAUACUCGCAGUUACUAGUCAAGUCUGCCAAAUCCAAGACAAACUCCCGCUACAAGCUCGGAGAGAUAUUACAGGCCGCUCGUGACCGAGUCAAUAAGAGGCCCCAGACUUCUAUUCUGUCGAGACUAGCGCAUGAAGCUAUCAUUAGCGCUGAGCGAGCGAAUGAGAUGCUUGUGGACUUUCAUGCGGCGAAGUUAAAGUACUCAAAGGAAGAAGGAGUGCAACAGAGUCGGGAUGGUCCAACUUUCAAAUCGGAUGAAUCAACACACGCCAAGCCCUUCAAGUUUUUUUUGGUAGACAAGCAUUUCACAAUAGAACGGUCAAACGCCCUACUCAAUCGGAAAAUCUCAGAGAUUUCAGACUCAAGGCUGAAUCCGCUCCAGUAUGACGAAAGUCAUAUAACAGAUCUAAGAGCGCUACCACUGCCGAUCGAGCUACAGCUGCCUCAGAGUCCGUCAGGAGCAACUGAAAGUUCCAAAGUCGCGACGCAGACUGGUGAUCUGCACAGUCUGCCAGCAUCUUCUGUUGUUGGAAACGCGACGGUGGCUGCAUCGGUGGUCCCUGGCAGUGCUGACUUCCGCAACUCGUUGAAAAAGAAGCUAAGUUUCGCGGACUACAAGAAAAAGAUGAAACCUGUUUAG